UGCACUAACUGACGUCUAACUGCUGACUCCAGCAGCUUGUUGCAAUCAUUCAGUCACAUAUGAGGAAAGCAUAGCCUCUAAUAGUGAUAUUUAGACUCUAAUAGACUAAGUUGUUUAACUUGAGAUCUAUAUUUUUUUAUAUAGAUCUUUAAAAUAUUUUAAUCAUGGAAAUGUAUUAUAUAUGUACAUAUAGUCUCCAUAAAUCAUUGCAGGAGCAACCACAGCAGUAAUGCAAUCAAAUCCCACUGAUUACUUUCGACAAAAACUUUUACUGUUAAUUAAGCGAGAGACAGUAAAAUGUUUGCAAAAAGGAAAAUAGAUCCGGAGCUGGAGGAGCUGAGGAACGAAGUGAACGGACCACCAAACUUAGAUAUGACCAUUGUGAAUAUCCAGAAAGAAGCAUCGCGCAUUCACGCUGCGUAUUUGUUCGAGCAUAUUGGCAAAGCUACGCUACAGAAACUGUGCUUGUUGCUGAGCUCUACAGCAACAGGGAAGAUCUACGAUGGAUGGCAAGAAUUUGGAGCACACAUGGGCUUGACGAUGGAGCAAAUACGCUGUAUAGAUUAUGAUUUCAAAGGACUCCAGGAUCCAACAUAUUACGUUCUUUUAACUUACGUGCAAUCUCCGGAAGCAACAAUGGACAAAAUUUUGAGUGCUUUGCAAAAAAUGCAACGACUCGAUGUGAUAAAUCAAAUUAAAGAUUAUGUGCAUGAUCUAGUCAAUGCUGCGUCACAAAAUGUCAUAAGCCACGAUGGUAAAGUAAAGAACAGAUCUGAAAUCAUUCAGCCUGGACAUAUACCAAGAGCACCAUUAGUUCUAUGUCCCAUUUUGACAGUAGAAUGCAAAACCACGGGAAUGAAAGAAAGCGAAUCAAUGCACGCACUACAAGAUGACCAGCAGAAAAAGCAUGAACAAAAGUAUGGCUGUAUAGUUAUGUUGACUUUCGCUGAUGACGGUUUGCCAACCGCUGAGUGCAUCAUGAAAAUAUUCAGGUCCAAACAACCGCGAAUCGGCGUGCUUAUAUUGCAAGAGCAAGAGAAACAAGUCUAUAGUCGAGCUGAAGAAUUUAUAGACGAUUGUUUCAAGCAGGUCGAUUAUGUUAUUCCAAUAUUAACAAAAAGGUACAUCGAAAGUAUCAAUAAUCCUGUCAAAACAUAUGAACAGAUGCAUAACAGUUUGGAUACCAAGUACUUGAAGUACAUAUAUUCUUUGUUGAGAUACGAAUACAUGAGGAAUCAAUGCUCCAACAAUCGUGUGAGAUGUAUCGUGCCUGAUAAAGAUGUUUAUACGAUUGUGCGAUCAAAUCUGCAUCCCACGUUGCAAGCAUGGUUUCGAGAAAGUGAUAUCGAAAAUUUUGUGAAUAAUAUUCUCUUCCAUAAAAUUUGAUGACCAUAAGUGCUUAGACUCCCGAUUAGAAAAUAAAAAUUUUGAACAACUUUUAA